CGGGCCGGGGGGUCACAUGACGGCGGGAGCUGGAGCCGGGGAGCGGGAGUGGAGCGGCCGCCGCUGGGGGUGAUGCCAUGGCCGCUGCCAGCUCCAGCAGGGCCAGGGCCGGGCCGCCCUGCGAGAAAUCCCCGCUCUCCGUGAAAGUUGUGUCUGUGAAGCCCAAGGCCCAGAGCCGCCCCGCACGGAUGAACUGCUUCGUGGAGGUGGCUGGUGACGGGCUGCCCAGUGAGACCAAGAAGACUGGGAAGCAGAUGGGGGUCUCUGAGCUGCUGUGGAACGAGAUCCUCACCCUCAAUGUCACAGCUCAGAGCCACUUGGAGCUGAAGGUGUGGAUCUGCCACACGCUGAGGAACGAGCUGCUGGGCGCCGCCUCCGUCAGCCUCGGCAGCCUGCUCAAGGGCGGCGGCAAACUGGAGAACAGGCAGCUGACCCUGGACCUGCAGGCGGAGAACAAAGGCAGCGUUGUGUCGGGAGGAGAGCUGACGAUUUUCCUGGACGGGCCGGCUGUUGCUCUGGGCAGCGUUCCCGAUGGCAGGGGGGGGGGGGGGGGGGGGGCAGCAGCUGGACGGGACCCCCCCAGCACAGCCGUGGCCACGGAGGGCCAGCACCAACCUCCCAGCACCAACUGCUUUGGCAGCAGACCGAGGACGCACCGACACGCGGCCGGAGCAGCCCGGGGGGGCACGGGGAGUGGAGAGCAGAGUCCCAGUGCCAGGAGCCGGCACAGGCAGCAGCCCAAGAGCUCACAGCACACCAGCACGGCCAACGGCACGGCCAAUGGCACGGCCACCAGCGUGGCCAAUGGCGUGGCCAAUGGCACAGGUGAGUCAGUGGGUCCCAGAGGGGUGUGGGUGGAGCAGGCACCGAGAGCGCCGUGCUGGGGUUGUCACCCCCCGUGUGCUCUGCUUCCCGGGACCAUCAGCCAGCCUUGGCCCCUCCCUGGUGCUGACCCUGUGCCCUCUGUCCCUGCAGCGAACGGGGACACCGUGGGUGCCGUGGACAUGGAUGAGGACAGGCCAGCAGCAGGUGCCAGCGUUCCCACCCCGGCGGCGGCGGGCACGGCCGAUGGCUCCACUGCUCCUGCCCCUGCUGCCCUGAGCAGCUCCAGAGAGGCAGAGGAGGCAGCCUCAGGCUCCAGUGCCCCCCCAGCACGAGCAGCUGUGCUGGCCCUGGAUGCUCUGCCCCCCGGGUGGGAGCAGCGGGAGCUGCCGAACGGUCGAGUCUACUAUGUAGAUCACAACAACAAGACCACGACGUGGGAGAGACCCCUUCCUCCAGGGUGGGAGAAGCGCGUGGAUCCUCGGGGCAGGUAUUACUACGUGGACCACAACACCCGCACCACCACGUGGCAGCGCCCCACGGCCGAGUACGUCAGGAACUACGAGCAGUGGCAGUCCCAGCGCAGCCAGCUGCAGGGGGCCAUGCAGCAGUUCAGCCAGAGGUUCCUGUACCAGUCCUCCGGAGCCCCCUCGGACAAUGAUCCUCUGGGGCCCCUUCCUCCCGGCUGGGAGAAGAGACAGGACAAUGGGCGAGUGUAUUACGUGAACCACAACACCCGGACCACGCAGUGGGAAGACCCUCGCACUCAGGGGAUGAUCCAGGAGCCGCCGCUGCCACCGGGCUGGGAGAUGAAGUACACGAACGAGAGCGUGCGGUACUUCGUGGACCACAACACCCGCACCACCACCUUCAAGGACCCGCGCCCGGGCUUCGAGUCUGGGAGCAAGCACGGCGGCUCCCCGGGCGCGUACGACCGGAGCUUUCGCUGGAAGUACCACCAGUUCCGCUUCCUCUGCCACUCGAACGCGCUGCCCAGCCACGUGAAGAUCAGCGUGUCUCGGCAGACGCUCUUCGAGGACUCCUUCCAGCAGAUCAUGAACAUGAAGCCGUACGACCUGCGGCGCCGGCUGUACAUCAUCAUGCGAGGGGAGGAGGGCCUGGACUACGGUGGCAUUGCCAGGGAGUGGUUCUUCCUCCUGUCCCACGAGGUGCUCAACCCCAUGUACUGCCUCUUCGAGUACGCGGGCAAGAACAACUACUGCCUGCAGAUCAACCCCGCCUCCUCCAUCAACCCCGACCACCUCACCUACUUCCGCUUCAUCGGCCGCUUCAUCGCCAUGGCUCUGUACCACGGCAAGUUCAUCGAUACCGGCUUCACGCUGCCCUUCUACAAACGGAUGCUGAACAAGCGCCCGACGCUGAAGGACCUGGAGUCCAUCGACCCCGAGUUCUACAACUCCAUUGUCUGGACCAAGGAGAACAGCCUGGAGGAGUGCGGCCUGGAGCUGUACUUCAUCCAGGACAUGGAGAUCCUGGGCAAGGUGACCACCCACGAGCUGAAGGAGGGUGGGGAGAGCAUCCGUGUGACAGAGGAGAACAAGGAGGAGUACAUCAUGCUGCUGACGGACUGGAGGUUCACACGGGGCGUGGAGGAGCAGACCAAGGCGUUCCUGGACGGCUUCAACGAGGUGGUGCCACUGGAAUGGCUGCGCUACUUCGAUGAGAAGGAGCUGGAGCUGAUGCUGUGCGGGAUGCAGGAGAUCGACAUGAACGACUGGCAGAAAAACACCAUCUACAGGCACUACACCAAGAACAGCAAACAGAUCCAGUGGUUCUGGCAGGUGGUUAAGGAGAUGGACAACGAGAAGAGGAUCCGGCUGCUGCAGUUUGUGACGGGGACCUGCCGCCUGCCCGUCGGGGGCUUCGCCGAGCUCAUCGGCAGCAACGGGCCCCAGAAAUUCUGCAUCGAUAAAGUUGGCAAAGAGACGUGGCUGCCACGGAGCCACACGUGCUUCAACCGCCUGGAUCUCCCUCCCUACAAGAGCUACGAACAGCUGAAGGAGAAGCUGCUUUACGCCAUCGAGGAGACGGAAGGGUUUGGCCAGGAGUGAUGGAGCUGGGGGGUUCCCGGAGCGCUGCCCAGGGCCCAGCCCUCCCCGGGAUGGGCACAGGCCCCUGUGGACACUGUGGCUCUUGUUCUGGGCCAGCUCUGCACCGACACGGCCCUGGGGGAACAGGGCACUGCUUCCUUCCCUAAGGAAAUGCGAGGUGUGAUGGAGAGGACGGCACAAGGGCUUGAGGGCUUGGCUUGCGAGGGCUGAGGGACAGCCCGGGGGCACGGGGCUCCCUGCUUCCCCCCACAGCCACAAUUCUGUGUUUGGGAGAGGCUCCUCUUCCCCCUCAUGUUUUCUGCCUUUUCAUGGCAUUUUGGUCAUGGCAAGUGAGGAGGAAAGUGGCUCUCAGGUUGACUUCUGGGCCCCAUCCUGCACCCAGCAUUCAGCAACAGUGACAGGGACCCCCAAGACAAUGCCUCUGAGGGUCUCUUGGGCACCAUCUGAGCCCCUGGCCACUGGAGCAGAGCCUGGCUGAGGUGUCAGUGGCGUGUCCCGCCGUGCAGCCCCUGGCCCCUGGGCAGUUGUAUUUAAGUGAUGUGGUUUCUGCUGGGAGCUGGUGCUCCACAGCAGCCCCGGGGGCUCUGCCCACCUCCUGUGCUCCCUCUGCUGCACUGAGGGCAGCGUCACCUAGCUGUCACCUGUGUCCCUCCCGGUGUGUGGGUGACAGACCCGGCGUGGCCGUGUCCGUGUGCCCGGGGGCCUGGGAUGGGACCCUGCAAGGCUCCGGGCUGGGAAGGGCCGGUUCUGCCCGGCCCCGCCUCCCCGCGCGGCUUCCUGUGCAAUAAACGACAAAGCAGCCGCCGAGCUGUGCUGUGUCCCGGCUCCCUGUGUGUCCCACGUCUGUCUGUGCCCGUCCUGGCUCGGUGUGUGGCUCCCAGGGUGGGGUCUGUGCAGGGCCGUAAGGGCAGCCAGAGCUCAGCACUGGGAUCGCAGUUCCCGAGGAUUUUGUCCCUGCCUGCUCCGUGUCAGUGGUGAUGGCCCCAGCGCCUUCCCGGGCUCAGCCUCCUGCAGCCCCUAGAGCUGCUCGGUCCUGGCCAGCGGUGACGGGGCCACCAGCGUGUCCCCAGGGAGGGGCUGGCGCUACAACACCCCCAAAGACACGCUGGGGGAAGGAAAAGUGCUAACAGUAUCAUCAAAUCAGUCAAAAGGCUGCACGUGGCUCCCCCCACCCCUGCCUGGGUGAGGAGCAGAGCGCUGAGCACAA